AUGGAUAUUCUUCAACUAUUGGAAAAUGCAAUCUUGAGUCCUGAUCCAACACGAAGGACUCAAGCUGAAAUUGAGUUGAAUGAGGCAGCAAACAACCACUUUCAAGAGUAUAUCUCACUAUUAAUCGAAGCAUUGAACAAUGAAGAUGCCAAGACAGAAGUGAGAAUGUUGGCCGGUAUAGGACUCAAGAAUCAAUUGGUUUCCAAAGAUCAAAGAACAAGGUUGGCGCAACAAGACCGUUGGUUAAAGCUCAAUGCCGAGUUGAAAAAGAAGAUUAAAGAUAAUGCAGUUCAGGGAUUAAAGAUUUCUAAUCAAAAAGUAGCUAGUACUGCUGCUCAAUUGGUGGCUGCCAUUGCAGAUAUCGAGUUGCCAAGAGGUGAAUGGCCAGAAUUGAUUCCACUUAUUAUUGAAAAUACCAAGAUGGAAAAUCCUGAACAUGUUAAACGUGCAUCUCAAUUGGCAAUUGGUUAUAUUUGUGAAAGUGCGGACCCAACAAACGCAAACAUCUUAUCUCAAGCAUCGGGUAUUUUGAUUGCAAUUAUACAAGGUGUACAAAGUAAUGAGCCAUCGAAUUUGGUUAGAAUAACUGCAUUGAAUGCUCUUGUUAACUCUUUGGAGUUUAUCAAGUACAAUUUUGAGACUGAAGGAGAAAGAAACUAUAUAAUGCAAGUUGUGUGUGAAGCGACUCAAGCUGAUGAUUCAGAAUUACAAGCCAGUGCAUUUGGAUGUCUUGCGAGAAUCAUGUCAUUGUACUACAAAUUUAUGUCUCUUUAUAUGGAAAAGGCAUUGUACGGUUUGACUGUUUCUGGUAUGCAAAGCUCAGACGAAAAGGUAUCUUGUAUGGCUGUAGAGUUUUGGUCGACUGUAUGUGAAGAAGAGUUGGAAAUUGCAUUACAGAGACUGGAAUUGGGAUUGGAUCCGUUACAAGAUGCUGGAAAUCCUGAUUUAAUAACAUACAACUUUGCGUUGAUUGCUUCUGGUGAGGUGUUGCCCACCUUGUUGACAUUACUUACUAGACAAAAUGAAGAUCCUGAGGAUGAUGAUUGGUCGGUUGCAAUGGCCGCUGGUGCCUGUUUACAAUUGUAUGCACAAAAUAUUGGAAAUUAUGUGGUCGAUCCCACUAUUCAUUUUGUUAGCUCCAAUAUUGCUAACGGCGACAAUUGGAGAUCAAGAGAAGCUGCUGUGAUGGCAUUUGGCUCCAUCUUAGAUGGUCCAGAUCACGACCAAUUAAAAAAUAUCAUUAGUGAAGCUUUGACCCCUAUACUUGCAUUGAUUACUGAUUCAAGUUUGCAAGUAAAAGAGACCGUGGCAUGGUGUCUUGGACGUAUUGCUGACAUGGUUGUUGAUGCAAUCAACGUUCAAACACAAUUGCCUCAAUUGUUGGAGGCUUUGGUGAAGGGUUUACAAGAUCAUCCAAAAGUCUCAACCAAUUGUUGUUGGACUUUGAUGAAUUUGAUUGAGCAGUUGUGCUCUGAUACCAAUGCUGAAACCAAUGUCAUGUCUCCCUUUUACCCUUCUAUAAUUCCAGUGUUGAUGCAACUUUCGGGUAAGGGGGACAAUGAAUACAGCUCUCGUGCAUCUGCAUAUGAAGCAUUAUCAACAUUUGUCACCUAUAGUGCUAAAGACACUAUGGGAGUUGUUCACAAUAUUGCAACUGAAGUAUUGGCGAGGUUGGAAUCAACCAUUGAAUUGCAAUCACAAGUGGCAACUACUGAAGAUAAAGGUAAUUUGGAGGAAUUGCAAACCAAUAUAUUAGCAUUGUUAACCACCAUAAUCAGAAAAUUGGGAUCAGAAGUAAUAAAUGCCUCAGACAAUUUGAUGGAACGAUUCAUAAAGUUGAUCAGUGCUCAAGAAUCCAACUCACUUAUUGAAGAGGAUAUAUUUAUCGCGAUUUCAGCAUUAUCGGGUGCCAUUGGUGACAACUUCUUAAAGUACAUGCCAGUGUUUUUGCCGUACUUGACUCGAGCAUUGGAGAAUGUGGAAUCACCGACAGCAUUCACUGCUAUAGGUUUGGUUGGAGAUUUGGCUCAGAAUCUUGGGUUACAAAUCAGUGAGUACUUGAAUGGUUUAAUGACCAUACUCGGCAACACAUUAAGCAACCCCGGUGUGAGACGUGAACUUAGGCCAGCAAUUGUGUCUGCCUUUGGUGAUGUUGCGGCUGCGAUUGGCCCCAAUUUUGAACCAUACCUCGAAUAUGUCAUGAACAUAUGUACCGAGGCAGCAUCAAUCGAACCUCAAGACGGCUCAUUGGAGACUAUUGAUUAUGUAUUUACCGUGAGAGAAUCAGUACUAGAUUGUUUUGUUGGUAUUACUGCUGGUUUCUCUGAUCAACCCGAAAAAUUGUACCCAGUCGCGGGCGGUAUAUUACAAUACAUACAGAAAGUUGCCUCAGAUCCACAUAUGGCCUCAACUGAAUCUGUUGCUAGGUCUGCUACAGGUUUAUUGGGUGAUAUUGCAGCCAUGUAUCCACAGGGUCAAUUCAAACCAUAUUUCGAAGCUGAUUGGGUUACUGAAUUUAUUAAAAAGACCAGAUCUAAUCCAUUGUUUGAUGAAAAAACCAAAGAUGCAGCACGGUGGGCCAGAGAGCAACAGAAGAGACAGCUACUGAUCCCAGCAGCAAUGAGUUAA